UCCAACUUUAUCAAGACCGGAAGUGUAUGAGCUGACAGUCCACACGUGUAUUCAGCAGACUGAAGGUUACAGAAGGAGAAGCGGCUGUUUGUUGCUGGUUUAUCCGCGUGAGAGGGUCAUUGGGACGGCGUGGCUGCGGUAGAAGCCGGCUGAGAGAAGCACCGAGCGGCGGACAUGGACCCCUUGAAGGCGCAGCAGCUGGCGGCGGAGCUGGAGGUGGAGAUGAUGGCUGACAUGUACAACCGAAUGACAAACGCCUGCCACAGGAAGUGCGUCCCGCCACAUUAUAAGGAGGCGGAGCUGACGAAGGGCGAGUCUGUGUGCCUGGACCGCUGCGUGGCCAAAUACCUGGACCUUCACGAGAGACUGGGACGCAAGCUCACGGAACUCUCGGUCCAGGAUGAGGAGAUGAUGAGGAAGGCCGCCGUCGGGAGCGGGUAGACACCUGAUGACGGAAACAAGUGCAGCGCCGUGGGAAUAAAACGAGUCGGGAUUAAUUAAAACAAACUUUCGUCUUAACUGGUGUGGGUUAAUGAGUAAACAUUCAGCUAAUGAACUGCAUCCUUUUCUGCAUCUGAGGAUGAUGAAGAGGGCGGCGUUGGGAGGGACCUGCUGCCAGUCUGGAUCGGUUUCACACCCAGAUCCGUCUCCAGCAGCAGAGGGUUCACUCCAGUAGAAAAGCCCGGAGCAUGUUUGUUUUUAAACUGUCUAAAUCCCACAAACGUUGUUGCUGUUGCUGUUAACCGGAUUCUGCCCUCAGACGAGGGCUCCAGUGAGUUUAAAACCUGUAGUUUAGAUCUUUGAUUUGAUGUAAAACUGCUUUAUAAGUUUUCAGGACCAGCUAUGAAGAGGAUUUGUGUUCUAAAACAAGUAAAAAGUCUUUGAUGCUAUCGUUACAUCGAUUAGAGCUGUAAUCCCGUCUGACGGUUCAGGUGUAAACGCGUGUUUGUACUGACAGUAACCCACUUUAGAAAUGUUAGAACUGAUCUCUGUUUCUCUAAGCUGAAGCCGUUCAUGUUAAGAACACUUCAAAUGAUUUAAAUUAUCCUCUCAAACUUAUGGAUUAUUUAUCGAGUUUAAAUGACUUAACGUUGUUUUUAUAUUGUGGAUUAUGUGUAGUUUUUUGUGGACCACAUUCAGAUUAAAAGAUGGUAAUGAGUAAUAAAAACUAAUAAAAUCACAGUUUAUCUUCCCAUCA